AUGUCGGGACUCAUGUACGAUGGUCCUUCGUCGUCCGACAAGCCAGACCUCGGCUUGGACAAUGCUGCCGAAAGCUCCUUCUGCCAAACAUUCCGAUCCAUGCCCAAACCAGCGCCGGGAACACUUCGCCUCUUCGAUCGUUCCGACUUCUAUUCUGCGCACGGAGACGAUGCCAUACUCAUCGCAAACCUCGUCUUCAAAACUCACUCUGCACUCAAAUACCUCGGCAGCGGUGGCAAGGACAAAGGCGGCUUGCCUUCCAUCACCCUCAGCGUAGCUGCCGCAAAGAACUUUCUCCGCGAAGCCCUCACCACUCGCCAGAUGCGCGUCGAGAUCUACAGCAAUGCAGGCGGAAAGCGCAACAACCAAUGGUCCAUCAUCAAGCAAGCUUCUCCCGGCAACCUCCAACAGGUGGAGGACAUGAUCUUUGUCAAUGCCGACAUUGUCAGCUCGCCCAUCGUCAUGGCUCUCAAGAUGACCACGCGAGACGGCGUGAAAACCGUCGGUGCUGCCUUCGCCGACGCCUCAAACAGAGAGCUUUGCGUUUCAGAAUAUGCAGAGAACGACCUCUUCAGCAACACAGAAUCGCUCAUCAUCCAGCUCGGUGUCAAGGAGUGCAUCCUGCCCAAGGAUGACAAGGGCGCCGACGUCGACCUCAAAAAGCUUCGCGAAGUCAUCGAGCGCUGCGGCGUCAGCAUGUUUGACAACAAACGCGCCGACUUCUCCGGCAAGAACAUCGACCAGGACCUGCGACGCUUGCUCAAAGAGGAGUCGUCCGGCGUCAACAUCCCCGAGCUCGAUCUCAAAGUCGCCAUGGCCGCUGCUUCCGCCCUCAUCUCCUUCCUCGCUUUGCUCACCGACGAAUCCAACUUUGGCCAGUACAGCGUCACUACCCACGAUCUCUCACAAUAUCUCCGCCUCGACAAUUCCGCAUUGCGCGCACUCAAUCUUUUCCCCGAACCUGGCCAGACCGGCUCAAGCAAAUACACGAGCGUAUACGGCCUUCUCAAUCGCUGCCGUACCGGCCAGGGUCAGCGGCUGUUGGGUCAAUGGCUCAAGCAACCCCUGGUCAACGUCCACGCUAUCCAGCAGAGGCAAGGCCUCGUCGAGCUAUUCAUCAACGACAACAGCACACGGCAGCUCAUCCAGAACGACUACCUCAAGCUAAUGCCCGACAUGCAUCGCAUCAGCAAGCGCUUCCAGAAGGGUGUAGCCACAUUGGAGGAUGUCGUCCGUGUCUACCAGGCCGUGUUGAGGCUCCCUGGUCUCAUCCAGACUCUUUCGGAUAUGGACACGCCUUCCGACGCCCACGCAGAGCUGCUCAAGACCACAUACCUCGACCCAUUCGAGCUUCACCAGGCCGCCCUCACCAAAUUCAACGAGCUUGUAGAGGCCACCCUCGACCUCAACGAGUUGGCCCACCACAAUUUCGUCAUCAAGCCCGACUUCGACGACAAUCUGCGAGACAUCAAGGAGUCUCUCGACGACACGCGCGAUAAGCUCGACGAGCAACAUCGACUGGCAGGCCGGGAACUGCGCAUGGAUACCGAGAAGAAACUGCAUCUCGAGAAUCACCAUGUGUACGGCUACUGUUUCAGGGUCACGCGUACCGACGCUGGCUUGGUGCGCAACAAGAAGGGGUACACGGAUAUCGCCACCGUCAAGGGCGGUCUCUACUUUACCAACGAGGCUUUGCGCGAUCUCGCCACCGAUUUCAAGGACCUUUCCGAAAGGUACAGCCGAUCACAGAGCAGCCUGGUCAAGGAGGUCAUUACGAUCGCAUCCACCUACUGUCCCCCCUUGGAGAAGCUCAAUGUCGUACUUGCGCAUCUCGACGUGAUCGUCAGCUUCGCUCACGUCUCGGAUAACGCACCCAUCCCGUACACCAAGCCGACCGUGUGCGAAAGGGGCACCAACGCCGACGUCGACUUGCGCGACGCACGUCAUCCCUGCCUCGAGGUCAUGGACGACAUCAACUUCAUGCCAAACGACACCGAGAUGGUGCCCGGCAAGUCCGAGUUCCUGGUCAUUACAGGCCCCAACAUGGGCGGCAAAUCCACCUACAUCCGUCAAGUCGGCAUCAUUGCGCUCAUGGCGCAGGUCGGUUGCUUUGUUCCCGCGGCAGAGGGCGCCAAGCUGCCAGUCUUUGACUGCAUCCUUGCGCGUGUCGGAGCGGGCGACAGUCAGCUCAAGGGUGUGUCCACCUUCAUGGCCGAGAUGUUGGAGACAGCGACCAUCCUCAAGACGGCCUCCGUCGACUCUCUCAUCAUCAUCGACGAGCUCGGAAGAGGCACGUCCACGUACGAUGGAUUCGGUCUUGCGUGGGCCAUUUCCGAGUGGAUCACCACCAAGAUCCGAUGCAAGUGUCUGUUUGCCACCCAUUUCCACGAGCUCACCAAUUUGGCGACGCAGCAGUCACACGUGCGCAAUCUGCACGUCGCAGCUGUCGUCAAUCAGAAGAAGGACGGCACGCGUCAGGAUCGGGAUGUCACGCUGCUUUUCAAGGUCAAGCCGGGUAUCAGCGAUCAGAGUUUGGGUAUCCACGUUGCUGAACUGGCCAAUUUCCCUCCUUCUGUUAUCGCGCUCGCGAAGCGCAAGGCAGAGGAGCUCGAGGAUUACGAUGAAGACGAGAAGAACAACUCGGUACUGGACAGCCUGUCAGAGGAUGUGACCGAGGAGGGCGCCGCGUUGAUCGACGAGUUCUUGAAAACGUGGGCGGAGCGCAGCGCUAAGCUGCAGCAGGAGCGAGAUGGGCAGGAUCCGAAACGUCCUCGUCUGGAGGCAGAUCCUCAAGCACAGAUGCAGGAGCUAAGAAAAGUCGUGGAUGACUUCCGACCUCGCAUCGAGGCCAACGCUUGGGCUGCGAAGGUGUUGGAGAGCUUCUAG